AUGAAACUGUUUGUUGCUAUCGCUUUAGCGUGCCUGGCCGUUGCGCAAGCCAACGUGCUCAGUUUCGAGUCGUUCUUACCAUUGCGUGAAGCUCAGCAACGUAGCCCACGAAUUGUAAAUGGAUUCCCAGCGGCUCUCGGACAGUUCCCGUAUCAAGCUUUCCUAGCCGGUCAAACUGCCGGUGGUGGAACCCUGUUCUGUGGUGGAUCCCUGAUUUCGGAUAUUUGGGUGCUGACUGCCGCUCACUGUCAAGUCGGUAUCGUACAGUUCACCGUUCGCGUCGGUACAAUCAGUACUACUGAGGGUACAGUACGUACUUCCGAUUUGAUCAUCUUGCAUCCAGCGUACAACGCAAAUAACCUGAACAAUGACAUUGGUCUGAUUCGUCUGAGCGAGCCGGUUCCUCUUGGCGGCAACAUCCAGGUCGUUUCCCUCCCAGACGCCAAUCUGGGUGAAACAUUCCUGAACCGUGAGGCCACCGUCUCUGGCUUUGGACGUAUUAGUGAUGCAAUUCAGGGCAUUUCUCCUACUCUUAAUUUCGUACACGUCAAUAUAAUUUCCAACAUCCAAUGCAUGGGUGUCUAUGGCGCGGCCACAAUCAUCGAUUCCACCGUUUGCGCCGUCGGUCGUGAUGCUGCUAACCAAGGUACCUGCAAUGGAGACUCGGGUGGCCCAUUGACUGUCAAUGAGAAUGGACAAUCCGUUCAGAUCGGUGUUGUGUCAUUCGUCGCAGCUGCUGGUUGUGAGGCUGGUUUUCCUUCCGGAUACGUCAGAACGACACACUUCCGCGACUGGAUCCGGGAACAAAGUGGGGUAUAA